AUGUCUGAUCCAACGAACGCCCGAGCCGGCGCCACGCCGCGUGCGAUGCCGAGGGCGCUCGACCAGGCUACGAACCCGAAAUGGGCUACAACCAAGAUCACUUUCCGGGGAAUCAUCAUGGUUCUUUCUCUGGCCGCGAGCAUCAUUAGUUUUGUCUACAUCAGUGCCCCAAGACAAUGGAGUGAUUGGAUCCUCUUAUCGCCGUUGUAUGGGCUUCCAUAUCCACUUCUCAGUUUUAUCUGGGAGGCAAUUGAGAUCACCAUUCUCAUCGUCAGACGCGAUAAGAACAAGGGAAUUAUCCCGGCUAUGCACCUCGCCUGCGAGCUGCUGCUGUGGCUCGGCGGCCUGAUCGUUGCGAUCCUGUGGGCCACGAUAGUGACUUCCACUGAGCAGCACUCUUCUACUUUCACGCAAGGGUCGUCCUCAGGCAUACCGGCAUCUACUUUCAAGAAGUGGGCGCAUGUGAUAUACGCCUGGUGCGCGCUCAACCUCGCCACGGUGGUGUGCCAAUUUUUCAUAUUCGUGGUCUCCUGCAUAGAGGUCGACAGGAACAGGAGAAACAUGGAGCAGAAGGUGAACACACUGCUCGCAAUGAUGGAGGAGCGAGGCCACAACCCCAGUGACGUCCUGGCGUCGCUUCGCUCGCCGCCCCCCGAUUACGAUAGCACCAAGCCUUCCUGGCCUAUCGAGAUGCCUGCAGUGAACCUGCACCCGGUAGAGAUGGGCGUUGACGAGCGCCCGAUGGAGGUGGCUGGCUCGCAGGUUGGCCAGGAGAUGGCCGUGCCCGGAACCGAGGAUCUGAGUGGGAAUCAAAAGUUUGUGCUGAAGCCAUAG